GGCGUCGCUGGAAUUCUUUUGCAAAAUGUGGAGGACCGAAUGCAUUUCGUGGAGAUCCGAAAUAAAGUGUGGAGAUCCGAUACAGUUUGAUAAAAUGGGCUUUUCUCCAAAGUUGUUCCUGGAGAGGUAGAAUUGUUCUGAAAGAGCGAGUUAUUGCAUAUUCAAUACAAUGGAACUCCUAUGGCCCGUUUUGGGCUUGGUUGCAGCAUUCUUCGUGUCCCAGAUCAUCUAUGAUGUAUUCUUUUCACCGUUGAAAUCCAUCCCGGGGCCUUUCCUAGCCCGCUUAACAAGGUUUUGGGAACUGUAUAUCCUUCGGCAUGGACACUCGCAUAUGGAAUUCGUCCGUCAACAUGAAAAACACGGAUCCGUCGUCCGAGUAGCACCAAACCGCUAUAGCUUCAGUCGCCCCGAAGAUGUGAAGCUCAUCUACUCCCCCGGCAGCAAAUUCCCCAAAUCCAAGUACUACGAGGCCUCCGGCAACCCCCAUCAAACCAACAUAUUCUCCACACGGGACAUGGCAGACCAUUCGGAUAGACGGCGGAAGGUUGCUUCAUUGUAUACCAUGUCGACUAUGGUGGCUUAUGAGUCUGCUGUGGAUAGGAUGACUGCUGUCUGUUUGAGGAAGUUGGGGCAGAUUGGGAGGGAAGAGAGGCCUUUGUCUGUGCCGCAAUUUAUGCAGUACUAUGCUUUUGAUGUUAUUGGGGAGAUUACAGUGGAUGAAAACUUCGGGAUGAUGGAAAGAGAAGACGAUAACACCGGCUUCAUCGACACCAUUCGCGAUUCACUCAUAUACCAUGCGCACUACGGACUGAUCCCGGAUGUCCACCGUGCACUCGUGAAGAUCACAGAUAUAAUCGGCAAACAGAGUACCGGGAGAUUUCUCGAGGAUCUCCUCGUGAGAAAGAUAGAGGAACACAGCAGUGACGGCUUCAAGAACAAGCGUGACCCCCGCUCCGAGUCGUUCGUCGCCAAAGUCCUAGAGCAAGAAGCUGCUCAGAAACUUUCUCGCAUCAACGUACUUGACUCGUGUGGUGCCAACAUCGCCGCUGGUUCUGAUACCACGGGGAUCUCCCUCAGCGCAGCAUUGUACUAUCUCUACAGGAAUCCGGAAAAGUUAGCCAAGCUCAGACAGGAGAUCGAUCAAGGACAGGCAACCGGUCAAGUGUCAGAUCCGGUGACGUUCAAAGAGACUCAGAGCAUGCCCUAUCUUCAAGCUGUGAUAAAAGAGGCUUUGAGAAUGCAUCCUGCUGUGGGAACUAUCCUGGCUAGAACUGUUCCGGAAGGAGGGGCACAUCUCGCGGGACGUUAUUUUCCUGCUGGAACCCAAGUUGGUGCCAACGCAUGGGUCUUGCACUAUGACCCUAAAAUCUACGGGCCUGAUCCGUACUCUUUCCGCCCAGAGCGAUGGCUCGAACAUGACGAUGGCUCCAAAUUGCGAGAAACUAUGUUCUUCCCGUUCGGCGCUGGCUCUCGUACAUGCAUUGGCAAGAACAUCAGCAUACUGGAAAUGAGCAAGGUGAUUCCUCAGAUUGUCCGGGCUAUUGACUUCGAAUUCAAGUGGCCAGAGCGAGAAUGGGAUGUUUUUUGUUCAUGGUUUGUAUGGCCUGAAUAUGAGUGUCGGGUUCAUCCUCGACAAAGUGCAGGGAAACCUAAGGAAGUGGACGUCUUCACUGGUUAGCAUUUCAGGGUUUGUUUGAUUGGGUCAUUAUGUUUCUACGGGCUAUGAGAGAAUUAUCGUUCAACAAAC